GCUUGUUCGAUCAAUUCCUCUCUCCAUAUUAAUCGGAUCAACCGUCAUAACAAUGACACCCUGACCUUCAGACCACCGCAUAAACCCGACCACGGCAGUGCGGCAGACUCGGCAUUCCAGAGCCGUCCCUCGCCUCGCCCGCUCUACAAAUGCAACCGGAACCUUCACCACUUGACAUUAAACAUCAUUGACCGACUCUCUCGUGUCUGUGCACAGAACCAUGUUACAACUGUUAUUGAGCCCAGAGGCAAAAUCCCAUCCACGGUUGAACCCCAAAUAAAGUUCACCGGGUCGGGCAAACACACGUACGACCAAGCUUUCAUCUCCGCUCCAGCGUCCACUUCCGGCGACUGGUAUUAGAUCUGGAGGUCGACGACUCUGAUACCCGGAUACGUCAAGGGGCGUAGGUCUUGCCUAACGCGGUGAGUGGCCACAGACUCAGAGCCGUGUUGCCUCCCAGAGCAGGGCAUACAAGUAGAUGGAUCCUCCAUCUCUCGACCUCUCCAUCCCGCAUGUAGCCUUUGGCUUUGUGGCACCAUCCCACCAUACCCAUAUCCACCCGACUUACAUCAUGGCAGCCACAGCUCAAUACGACGUCGUUAUUGUCGGGGCUGGCUUUGCGGGCAUCUUUCUGCUGUACCACCUCCGCAAACUUGGACUAUCGUGUCGGAUAUACGAAGCCGGAGAUGACCUCGGCGGCACGUGGCAGAUGAACGUUUAUCCCGGGGCGCGGGUCGACUCGGAGAACUGGCUGUACCAGUUUUCCAUGCCAGAGGUGUGGGAGGAUUGGUCGUGGAGUGAAAAGUACCCCGCUGGCGAGGAGAUACUCCGGUAUUUUGCGCACGUCGAGAAGAAGCUCAAGAUCAAGAAGGAUGUGGACUUUCAUACGCGCGUGGUGGGGGCGCAGUUUGAUCGGGGGAUGGGACGGUGGCGGAUCGAGACGGAGGAUGGGCGAGCCACCGAGUCGCAGUUCUUUGUGGCCUGCACGGGCUUUGCAGCGAAGCGAUACACGCCCGAUUUCCCGGGACUAGAUAGCUUCAAGGGGCCCGUUUAUCACUCUUCCUGUUGGCCUCAGGAGGGUGUCAGCGUCACAGGGAAGAAGGUGGCCGUGAUCGGCACGGGCGCCACCGGGGUCCAGAUCAUCCAGGAGUGGGCGAAGCAGGCAGACUCCUUGACGGUUUUCCAGCGAACACCCAAUCUGGCGCUGCCGAUGCGACAAGCGAGAUGUGUAGAAGAGGAGCUGAAGCUUGCCAAGGCCUUAUAUCCGCACGUCUUCCGCGAUCGCGAGAGGACCUUUGGUGGGUACACACCCGACCUGAUACCCAGACGGACAAGUGAUGCAACACUUGAGGAGCGCGAGGCAAUUCUCGAGGCCCACUGGACAGAGGGAGGGUUUAUAUUUAUUCUGGGAGGGUUCAUGGAUGUCCUGACGGACGAGCAAGCGAACCGGGAGGUAUAUGACUUCUGGGCCAAGAAGACCCGUGCACGGAUUCAUGACCCCCGGAAGCGGGAUAUCCUGGCGCCCCUGGAUCCGCCGCAUGCAAUCGGGGCGAAACGCUGCUCCCUAGAGCAGGAUUACUUCGACGUGUUCAACCGGCCCAAUGUCGACGUGGUCAACCUGCGAGAAGACCACAUCGUGGAAUUCAAACCUCACGGAAUCACAAUGAGCAGCGGUGCCUUCCACGAGCUCGACGGGGUUGCCUUCGCAACCGGAUAUGAUGCGGUGACUGGGGGAUUGACUAAUAUGGGUCUGGGAUUAGCGAUCAGCGGAUACCCCAACAUGUUCCACGUAUACGGGGUGCACGGCCCGACAGGGCUCAGCAACGGACCCACGUCGAUUGAGAUGCAGGGGCGAUGGAUUGUUGACGCCAUAAAAAGGAUACGGGCAAGCGGACUGUCAUAUGUCGAAGCCACACCGGAAGCUGCAGAGGGAUGGACGAAACGGGCAGACGAGAUGGCGGGCGCGACACUGCUAGUCCAGGCGGACUCGUGGUAUAUGGGGGCGAAUAUUCCGGGGAAGAAGCGACGGAUGCUCAACUUUGUGGGGGGAUUGCCGUUGUAUGAGCGGGUCUGCACGGAAGCUUUGUCGAAAUGGGAUGGAUUCAGGACGGUACCACUUGCGAACUAG